AUGAGUGAGGUUGGAGAUGCACUUGAAGAUGAUCUACCGCAACAAGUAGCCUUGAACACUGUUACUCCUCCUCACACUGAUGCUGGACUUCACUUCGAAGAGGACUGCGACUUCAACACAACAUUUCCGACCUCCAAACGCAAACGACGUCGACGAAAGUUGAAAAAUUUCAAGGCUGGCUUUGAGGAUGAGUGCAGCGUAAAGAAGAGUGAGCCAUUUGUGGCUAUCCACCAGCCAUUUCAUCGCAUUGUGUUUGACGAAGAUGGAAAUGCCUCUGACGUAGUUCUCCGACCGCAACAUGAAUAUCAGAUUAAUCGAAAACACCAGAAACGUCUGGCCACCAGCAGCUACAAAUGGAGUUCCUGUGUCGAAAGAAAUGCCGAUAUCAUCGGUGUGGUGUCAACGGAGUCCAAAACUUAUACCUUACCGUCAGAUUUUACUUGCGCAGUAGAAAAACCAGAAGCGAAGAACCUCGAAGUGCGGAUACACCAUUUUUCGAAUGAUUACGAGGCAGUAGUGAACUACUGGUAUACAACCCUCGAGUGGCUGGAUAGAGCGGCUAUGGGAGAUAUCGAUCACGAGACCAGUGAGGGUAAGAGCGAAGAGGAGGAACUCGGUGAUGAAGAGAGUUAUUCUAAUCAAGUUAAACACAAUGAGCUCAGUGAGGAAACUCUCGAGGAUGAUGUGAAGGUUAACGACCCAUCCACAGGCAAUGACAUGAAAAAUAACGCUUUAGAGAAUCGAGAAGAUGCCGAGGACAAUGGGACGAUUAUGAAAUGA